AUGAGAACAUGGAUGGAAUUAGAGAUAAGAUUGGCGAAAAAUGAAACAAUCGAUAAACAAGCUCAAGAUCAAAUUAAUAAAGAAAAAGAACAUUGGAGAAAUGAAGAAAGCAAUGGUUUAUUUUUAGCUGGUAUUGAGAUGAUUGCAGAAUUUGAUCCGGUAAUGCAAGAACAUGUUAGACGCAUACAAAAUAAAGAAAUUCUUAAUCGUUACCUUGGACCCAGAAUGCAAAAUGAGCUAAUAGAUUUAUUAUCAAAUGAAGUCAAAACAAAAAUUAUUAAAAAAGUUAAAGAAGCUAAAUAUUUUUCAAUUAUUCUUGAUUGCACUACUGAUACAAGCCACAAGGAACAAAUGUCCAUUAUCUUACGAUGUUUAGAUAUUUCACCAACUUCAAUAGAAGUUAAAGAAUACUUUCUAGAAUUUUUAAUAGUGAAUGAUACAACCGGUAAAGGUCUUUUUGAUUCUAUUAUUGAAGAACUUAAUAGAAUAGGACUUAAUGUAGAUGACAUUAGAGGACAAUGUUAUGAUAAUGGAUCAAAUAUGAAAGGAAAACGUAAGGGAGUACAAAAACACUUGUUAGAAGUUAACCCUAGAGCCUUUUAUGCUCCAUGUGGUUGUCAUGGUUUAAAUUUAGUUAUUUCUGAUAUGGCUAGCGCUUGUGACAAAGUUCAAGAUCUUUUUGGAACUAUACAACGUAUUUAUUCUAUGUUUGCAUCAUCCACUAAAAGGUGGAAAAUUUUACAAGAUAAUAUACCGUAUUUAACUCUUAAAUCAUUGUCACAAACACAUUGGGAAAGUCGAUUAGAAAAUGUUAAAGCAAUUAGGUUUCAAGCUAUAGAACUAAGAGACGCAUUAAUGGAUUUGUAUCGUGAUAGUACCAUGGCUAAUGUUAAAAGUGAGGCUAAAUCUUUAGUUGAAAAUGAGUUGGAAAAAUUUGAAUUUUUAUUAGCGAUGGUUAUUUGGUAUGAGGUUCUACAUGCUAUUAAUAUAGUUAGUAAAAACUUAAAAUCAAAAGACAUGUGUAUUGAUAUUGCUAUUAAACAACUAGAUGGACUUAUUAUUUAUUUUAAAAAGUUUAGGGAUGAAGGAUUUGAAAAGGCUAUGACUGCGGCUAAAGAACUAGCUUUAAAGAUGGGCAUUGAACCUAGGUUUCGUGAAAAACGUAUUAUUCAUAGAAAUAGAAGAUUUGAUGAAAAUGUUGAUAAUGAGACUUUGAAAACUCCUAUAGAUCGUUUUAGAACGGAUUACUUUUUAUACAUAGUAGAUCAAGCUAGUGUUUCACUCGAAAAUAGAAUUGAGAAGCUCAAGGAGAAGCAAGCAGCAAAGAAUCAGAAAGAAGUAAAAUGCGAGAGUGUAGAUCAGGAAGAGAAGAAUGAAAAGAAUCAGGAAGAAGUUAAAGUUGCUGAGAAGAUAGUUGAAUGUGAAGAAAAAGAUGAGAAGCUAGCUGAGUAA